AUGGGCAAGAAGAACUUCAGGGGUAAAGGCCGUCGCGGAGGUGGUGGUGGCCGUGGAUCUCAUGCAAAUGGUGGCUGGAGAGACUAUCCUGCCAUCGCCAAGGAGCACGAGAACUUCCAGAACUACUACGAUUCGCUUCUCCAGCUGCCAGAAGAGGAGAAGAAGGAAUUCUGGGAUGCCUUGCGACGAGAUCUCCCCAACAGUUUCCGAUUUGCUGGUUCCAAAGGCCAUGCGCUCUCUGUCAAGAGACACCUACAGACCCGCUACAUCCCCGAGAUUGUCAAGAUCGAGCACCAGGAUGGCCGCCCCGUCGAACCCCCGCAACCUGUCCCAUGGUACCCCGAUGAGCUGGCUUGGUGGAUGACGACCCCGAAGAAUGUCGUCCGGAAGUUCCCGCCUUUCGCUGCUUUCCAGAAGUUCCUCGUGUCGGAGACAAGCGUUGGAAACAUCAGCAGACAAGAGGUAGUCAGCAUGAUUCCUCCCCUACUCAUGGACGUUCGACCUGGCCAUGUGGUGCUCGACAUGUGCGCUGCACCCGGAAGCAAAGCAGCCCAGCUUCUCGAGAUGAUCCACCAAGGAGAAGAGGCCCGUGUCAAGAAGGUCCUGCGAACAUUCGCCGAAGAGGACGGAUUGGUGGUUGGAAAGGAGACACAGGACGAGAUUGACGUUGAUCUCGAUGCCGACCCCUCGGAUGCUGGCAGAGCGACUGGCCUCCUGAUUGCAAACGACUCAGAUUACAAGCGAGGCCACAUGCUUGUGCACCAGCUCAAGCGUUUGUCUUCCCCUAACCUUAUCGUCACGAACCAUGAUGCUGUCCAGUUCCCUUCGAUCAAGCUACCCUCCGAGGCCGGCAAGAACGUUUACCUGAAGUUUGACCGAAUCCUUGCUGACGUUCCCUGCUCGGGUGACGGAACUCUGAGGAAAAAUGUGAACCUAUGGAAAGAGUGGCAGCCGGGAAGUGGCUUGGGUCUCCACCUGACCCAGGUCCGGAUCUUGGUGAGAGCUCUGCAGAUGCUCAAGGUUGGCGGUCGUGUUGUGUACUCAACAUGCAGCAUGAACCCCGUUGAAAAUGAAGCAGUAGUUGCAGCUGCUAUUGCCAGAUGUGGCGGAAAGGAGAACGUCGAGAUUGUUGAUUGCAGCAACGAGCUGCCCAACCUCAAGCGAAGACCUGGCAUGAAGUCCUGGAAGAUUAUUGACAAGACAUCUAGAGUGUGGAACUCCUGGGAGGAUGUUGAGAAGUUUGCAAAGGAGGAAAACGAAGGUGUGGUCCCCGGCAAGGUUGUCCAGACUAUGUUCCCUCUUCCUGAAGGAUCCGAUGGUUUCGACCUGCCCCUCGAACGGUGCAUGCGUGUCUACCCUCACUUGCAGGAUACUGGCGGUUUCUUCAUCACUGUUUUAGAAAAGAAGACCGACUUCAAAGCUCGCCCUGAGAAUGAAUCCAAGAGUACUGUAACUCUCAACCAGACUAAGGCUUCCGGACAAGCUGAUGUUGUCCUGGAUGAGGAGUCAAAACCCACAGCCGAGACUGAGCAGACACAAAAACCUGCGGAGUCUGAUGAAGCUGCUGCUCCAGGCAGCAAGAGAAGCCUGGAUACAUCUGAAGCCGAAGAAUUGCCAGCUAAGAAGCUCAAGGCGGGUGGUGAAUCCUCCGAGGCUGCCACCCCCGUGGUUCAGCAAACCGAGACAAAUAAUAAGCCAAAAAAGAACGGUCCUACCGAGGAGCCUUUCAAGUACCUUGACCCGUCUCACCCAGUCAUCCAGAACAUCAAGGAGUUUUACAAGCUAUCAACACGAUUCCCGGAUGACCGAUAUAUGGUUCGCAAUGAGAUGGGCGAGCCAGCCAAGGGAAUUUACUACACCACUCAACGAAUCCGAGACAUUCUUACUGAGAACGAGGGCCGUGGCAUUAAGUUUGUGCACGGUGGAGUACGCAUGUACAUGAAGCAGGAUGCACCAUCUGCUGAGGUCUGCCGAUGGCGCAUUCAAGCAGAGGGGAUGCCCAUUGUUCAGGGGUACGUCGGCGAGCCACGCGUUGUGCACCUCACGAGCAAGGAGACAUUCCACAAGCUCCUCAUCGAGAUGUUCCCUCGCAUUGCCGAUGACCAGUGGAAGAAUUUCAACGAGAUCGGCGAGCGGGUCAGAGAUAUCGGCAUGGGCUGCACCGUUUUGCGCAUCGAGCCCGAAGGUGAUGAUCCGGAUUUCUCUGAGAGCAUGGCCCUUCCGCUCUGGAAGAGCAUCCAAUCCUUGAACCUCAUGCUACCCAAGGAAGACCGAGCGGCUAUGCUCCUGCGGGUUUAUAACGAUACAUCGCCUCUCAUCAACAUCGGCUUGCAGAAGGACCAGAAGAAUAAGGCAAACGCCAACGGCAAGGUAGAAGAGACCGAGGCAACGGAAGGAGCUGCCAAGGAGAACGGGGAAGAGAAACCAGCUGGCGAUGAUAAUGCCGCUGUGGAAGAUUUGCCAACACCCGAGGGGAUGGAGUAG